CGCACACGGUUGCCCCGUUUUUUUUCUUGCACUUGCCGCAUUUCCCCAAAAUAAUUUUGCCACGGGAAAGCGGGGAAGAGCUCGAGGGGACAAGCGUGGGAGAAGGGAACGCCAACGUCGCCAAGUGCAGCUGCAAAGCGAGAGCGAAGGAGAGAGAGAGAGCGAGCCCGUGCGACCUUGAUUUGCUUGCUCGUGAAUGGUGGCUUAGGAUUUUGCCACCUUCCAUCUCCCGCUUCUAGCCACCGUCUCGGCUCCAGAAGAUGUCGAAGGAUGGGGCGGCGUUGGGCUUGGUCAUGAUGGCGGGGGGUGACGCCAGUGGGAGUGACCCGGAGGUGCACGCGAAUAUGCAGCGUGUCAAAGUAUACCGUUUAACCAAUGACGGGCAGUGGGAUGAUCAGGGAACGGGCCACAUAACAAUUGACUAUAUUGAGGGGUCAAGAGAAAUUGCUCUGGCUGUCGUGGAUGAGGUGGAUAAUGACACACUACUACUUCACCAUCUUACUUCAGAUAAUAUCUACAAGAGACAAGAACAAACACUUAUCUCAUUGAAGGAUCCUGAAAAAGCACUAGAUUUACUGCUGAGCUUUCAAGAAGCUAAAGGAUGCUUACAUAUAUGGCAGAGCUUAACUUCCUUACAGCAAAAGCUACAGUCUGGUGACCCUGGCUAUGAAUUGAAGGAUCUUCCUUCUCUUGAGCUGUCCACCCUUCCUUCACUUUUAAAGACUAUAUUGGAGUGCGGAAAGAAGGAUGGGACACGCGUUGCAAAGUUAAUAUCUCGAAAUCAGCAUGAAUUUUUCCCCAAGCUAGUGGACCUUUUCAGAAUGUGUGAGAAUUCAAGAAACAUGGAUCAUCUCCACAUGAUCUUUAGACUAGUCAAGGGAAUCAUAUUGUUGAACGAUGCUGGCAUAUUUGACAAGAUUUUCUCUGAUGAUUUUAUCCUUGACAUAAUUGGGGCCCUUGAGUAUGAUCCAGAGGUUCCCAGUGUGCAGAGUCAUCGUGAAUUCGUGAAGAAUCAAACCCUCAAUGAGGCCAUACACAUUGGGAAUGUUUCUGUGGUCUCAAAGAUUCGUCAAACAUACAUAGUAGGUUAUAUAAAGGAUGUUAUAUUACUGAAUGCACUGGAUGGUCCUACUUUGUCAAGCCUUAACUCAAUCAUUGAGAGGAACAAGCCUUUUGUUGUUUCUGUACUAAAGGAUGAUGCUUCUUUUAUCCAUGAUCUGAUUGCAAGGAUAACAUCUUCGAAUACCUCUGCUGAAUCAAAAAGCAAACUGGUCUUGUUUUUGCGUGAGCUUUGCAUUAUCAGCAAAAGUUUGGAGCCGAAAGUACGAUCACAUAUGUCUAGGUAUCUCAUUGAUGUAGGAGCGCUAAACAUAAUUUCUGAUGUGUUACAGAGUCAGGAUAAAGAACUCUUUUCAGCUGGGGCAAACAUACUCGGGUAUUUUGUUGAUCUGCAUCCUGACUUAGUUAGAACAUUUAUUGCCAAUCAUGAAGAGAACCUGGAAGGCAGUUCUCUUCUUGAGUUUCUGGUUCAAGGGAUGGUAGUUGACUCCGCCAAUGAAAUGCUCUAUCAGUCUUGUCUAAAGGAACUGUUAGGUUCUUCUGAUACAACUGUGAAUCAUCAUGAUGUUGUUCUUCGGCUUUUCUUUGACAAGCAUCUUCAAAAAUUGAUUGACGCAAUAGCGUCGUCCUGCGCUCCAAAGGGCAUUGCCAGAUCAACGUCUGGUUUAGCUGGUGUUCGCACAACGGUUGAACAGCAUUCUGCUAAGCCUGAAACAUUGUUGAAAAUUUGUGAACUUUUAUCCUUCUGCGCACUUCAUCAUACAAACCGGAUGAAGAUAUUUUUCUCAACCAAUGCAAUGGAGAAAAUUCUGACAUUAACUCAUAGGAGAGAGAAGGUUUUGGUUCUGGCAGGAGUCCAAUUCGUGCGGAUUAUAAUUGGUAGAAAGGAUGACUUUCUUGUUGACCGUGUUAUCAAGUUCAACCUGUUAAAGCCAGUUAUUAAGGCUUUUGAUGAAAAUGAAGGUAGAGACAACAUGCUACAAUCUGUGGUCCUUGAACUGUUGGAGUAUAUAAGAAAGGAAAAUAUCAAGCCUCUUAUUGAAUAUGUUGCUGAGUCUUGUUGGGGCCAACUUGUGAAGUUUGAACGAUUGCAGAGUAUUAUGGCCUUCAAACUUAAGAUUGAGGAGAGUGCCGAAACAAAGCAAAGUACCAGUGUGGUUGACAUGAGAAUGAAGAAAGCAGACGAAAGAGGUGCUGAUAAACGACAGGAAGGUUAUUUUGAGGACAGUGACAGAGUAGAUUCUUCUACACCUACAAUGCAUUCACAGGAGCAAUCUAUCCCAGCAAGAAAGCCUGAAAAUGCUGAUGGUUGUUCGAAAGAUAAGGAGGGCCCCCCCUCGCCUUCUAGAAGCACGAAAAAUUCUGAUGGCAGUGGCGAAGGGGAUGGAAGCCGAGGCUCUUAGAAUCAACAACGUGCCCCGGAAACUUCAGGUCCUGUGCCCCGGAAACUUCUAGAAGCACGAAAAAACUUCUAGAAGCACGAAAGAUAAGGACUGCAACGAAGCUGCAGGGGAUUUGUCUCCCAAGAUGGUCCAUACUUCCUAGAUACAAUGAAACCUAUUGACGUAGAGCCUCGGUGAGGUGAUACUAUUGUUUUUUCAAGUUACACUUCAACAUGCCGUUGCUUAUGAUGAAAUCGAGAGUACACAUCUCAACUUGGAACCCGAGAAAUGAUUGGAUGUGAGACAGUUUUGGCCACAGUUGUGUUCAUCUCAGACAUCAAUUUUGGCUGAGUUGUGAACAUGUACAGAUAAAUCCCCGAGAAAAGAAUUGGAAGUUGAGUAUGAAUUCCUUUUUGUGCAGCAUUAUAGUAGGAAAGCUAAUCCUACUUUUUAUUGAAUUAGUGUAGUAAGACUAACAGAACUUAGGGCCGAAAAAAUGCAUGCCCCGUUCUCGAAAAUCGAAAUUGUUUCCUGUGGGACCAUUGGCUAAGCUGUUACUCUUGUAGAAGUGGCAGGACAGGUCAUUUUGGCGUCAGUAGCAUUGUAAUCUCAUAGAACUGUGAUUCGUGGAUAAUGCAUGAUGCAAAAUCCAACUGAGGCUUUGUUUAGCUAGACUUUGCUACAGCACAAUCCACAUAAAUCUCUCUUAUUUAAACUCCAUCCCCUUUGCUUGU